AUGUCUGCCGACGACAAGAUCACUGCUGUGGCUUAUUCCGGACCUUUUUCAAGCGGUGAUCAUGCCGUCCCAGAGUCUAGAGUGGGCAAUGUCAUCCAGUCUCAAGGUGUUACCCGCAUGGAGGCUAUUUAUCGGGAAGCGAAGACCAACCGCAAAUCACUCUGGUUAGUCGCAGUCUCGGUACUGGUGUGUGCUUGGGCAUAUUCACUUGAUUCUUCUACCACAUCGUAUUAUUCCAUCGAUGCCUCUUCCUAUUUCAAGCAGCAUAGUUCAGUCUUAUCGACGCUAUCCAUCGCUACCAGCAUCAUCAGCGCCGUUAGCAAGCCUUUCAUUGCGAAGGUCUCGGAUAUAACCUCCCGACCGUACACUUACCUCUUAACCCUUUUAUUCUAUGUUAUCGGUUAUAUUAUCGUCGCCAGUUGCAAGACCAUAUCUGCUUAUGUGGUUGGGGAGGUUUUCGUUGCUAUCGGUAGCUCGGGUCUUGAUCUAACCAACGACAUCAUCGUUGCUGACUUGACAUCCCUUGAGUGGCGUGGCUUCGCUUCUUCCAUGCUGUCAACUCCUUUUAUUAUAAAUACUUGGUUUGCUGGAAAGAUUGUCGACGCGAUUGAUAGCAGGAACCAAUGGCGAUGGGGCUAUGGCAUGUUUGCGAUCAUAAUGCCUGUGGCACUGGGCCCAGCGGUCGCAACCAUGAUCUGGCUCGAUCGAAAGGCCAAGAAAUAUGGCAUCGUGAAUCUGGCUUCCUCAAAUGCAGCGCGCCGUGCCGCUCGAGACCUCGCGAAGAUGGAUGGUCAUGAUGCUCCUGAAGGGGCUAUUAUUGCGCCUGCAGCGGCGCCGUCCCAAACCUGGUUCAGAUCUCUCCAAAGCAACCUUGAGGAAAUUGAUGCCUUCGGCCUGAUUUUACUUGGUUUUGGCUGGUCUCUGUUACUGCUUCCGUUUUCUCUUAAAACAUACGCUGAUGGUGGCUGGCGGAAUCCGUCCAUGAUCGCUAUGAUGAUCGUCGGUGGUAUUCUGCUGAUCGUGUACGUUAUUUAUGAAAUGCUGUGGGCCCGUGUUCCCAGUGCUCCUCGCCGUUUGGUUUUCAAUAAAACUUUCGUGAUGGCAAUUAUCAUCGAUAGCUUUUACAUGCUUGCUGGCAAUAUGCGGGGCCUCUACUGGAGUUCUUAUGUCUAUAUUGCUAAGCCGUGGAGUUAUCAAGACUGGGUCUAUUACAGCAAUACCCUGACUCUUGCUCUCUGCGUCGCUGGCCCUUUUGUUGGUCUUCUUCAGCGAUGGACGCACCGAUACAAGGCCAUUCAAAUUUCUGGACUUAUCAUCAAAAUAAUUGGCAUGGGAAUUAUGAUUGAUGGAAAUAAAGCGACUCAGUGUACUGCCACUAUGGUGAUGGCGCUAAUCCUUGUUGGAUUCGGGGGCUCUAUGUCAGUGGUCGGAUCGCGAGUUGCUUCUCAAGCUUCUGUUCCCCACCAAGACGUUGCGCUUGCGAUCGCACUUCUAUCACUGUGGUCUAAGAUUGGCUCCGCCAUCGGCUCAGCUAUUGUGGUGAUGAUUUGGGCGGAUCAAAUGCCCAAGCAGCUACGAGAGCAUCUACCGUCGACAGCCACCGAGGUUGACGUGACAAAGAUUUUUGGCAGUGUGACAUCCAUUCGCCAAUACCCCUGGGGCAGCCCAAUGCGUGCCGGUGCCAUUAUAGCAUUUCAACGCGCUCUAUACUAUUGUCUCGCUCCCGCUCUUGGAUUAGCAUUCAUUCCGCUCGUUGCUGCUUUGUUUCAAAACAACUACUUUUUAGGAAAAGCUCAAAAUGCGGUUAGCAACGUCGGUAAUGACGGCCUGCCAGUACUCGACGGUGAAAAGGGAGCCCUCGCCGCCUAA